AUCCUUUACAAUCCCGUGAAUCCAGUCUCAGCAGUACUUAUCCUACUCUUGAAGGUACAUUUCCGUGUGAGUCUGGGCCAUCGGUCAAAACAAAAGAAAAUGGCAGAGCCCAGUAUCGAAAUCGACGUCGACCUUGACGUCCAAGAAAUCCUCCUUGCCGCGUCCCAGCACGACAUUGCCAAACUCCGUCCACUGAUCCGGUCGAAUGAGAAAGUGGCCGACCCCAUCAACGUGAAGGACCCGGAGACAGGAUAUACCCCGUUGCACGCGGCGGUUGCAGCCUGCGAACCAGAUGAAGAAGAGAAGGACGACUCCGCUCCGAAUGGCGCAGAGGUCAAUGGUGGCCAGGGCAGUGAGCACGCACAGCUCGUCCAGUCGGGUGUGGAGACGGUCAGGUUCCUCCUUCUGGAGGGGGCUAUUUGGAAUGACCUAGACAACAAUAAUGAGACUCCCGGCUGUCUGGCCAGACGGAUAGGAGUGAUAGAACUAUAUGAGAUUUUUGUGGAUGCCGGUGUGAGGGCUGAGAUGCUACUGAACCGGUUAGACGAGUACGAGGCUCUCUCUGAUGAUGAAGAAGAAGAAGAGGGUGAGGAGGAGAAUGAAGAGGACGAGACCGCAGCACAAGAGGAAGGAGAUGAAGCUCCCGAGCUUGUCGAAGGCCCAGACGUCACGAAUAAUCGGUACUUAGAAUCCAACCUGACCUUCCAGAACGACCGGCUUCUCGACCAAGACCAAAACGGCGUCAUGAUGGCCUGGGAGACCGAGAUCAUGGCGAAAUCCGCCAAGAAGCUUCUUCCGACUCCCGGCCUGCGCGUCCUGAAUAUCGGCCACGGUAUGGGGAUCGUGGAUGGGUUUUUCCAGGAGCAGGCCCCCGCCGCGCACCAUAUUGUCGAGGCCCACCCGGAGGUGGUCGCGGAGAUGAAGCGGCGCGGCUGGCACGAGAAGCCCGGCGUUACCAUCCACGAGGGUAAGUGGCAGGAUAUCCUGCCCGCUCUGGUCGUCGAGGGCCACACCUUCGACGCCAUAUACUACGACACCUUUGCCGAGUCGUAUGCGGAUUUCCGCCAGUUCUUCAGCGAGGAGGUCAUCGGCCUCCUCGAGCAGGAGGGCAAGUGGGGGUUCUUCAACGGAAUGGGAGCCGACAGACAGAUCAGCUACGACGUCUACCAGAAGGUUGCUGAGAUGGAGAUCUUCGAGGCCGGUUUCGACGUCGAAUGGGAGGAGAUCAAGGUCCCCAAGUUGGUCGGCGAAUGGAAUGGCGUCCGCAGACCGUACUGGGUCGUCGACAGCUACCGUCUACCCCUUUGCAAAUAUAUGGACUAAGGUAGUGUUGGUUGUGCAUACCCAGUGAUCCUUCUUUUUUUUCUUCCUUUUGACCUAGUUCGCUAGAUGUAUGGAGACUAUAGAUGAAUAUAAUGAACAGGA